UCUUGGCUUGAGGUUGGGUGGAAGUUUUUAAGAAAAUGAAUAAUUUUGAACCUAUUCAGACGAGAUGUAAUCAAACUUCGAAUUUUCAACCCUUGCGAAUCCUAAAUUUGAUGGAUUCAACAGACAACGGAAAAGAAAAUAAGAUUAAUAUAUAAAAUCAUUUAUCCUUCCUCCGUCAUCUCUUUCCUCUUCUUUGUUCUACAUACAUACCACCCAAGGGAUGAAGAGUACAUUACCUACCUCAAAUACCCCGUGAACGUGUCCGGAUUUCUACAUCUAACGAGACGUUCUAGGCAAAGAUUAGGGGUAACCCAAUAUACCAUCAACAUCCGGCUUCCUCGACAUACCUACCAGAUAGUAUCUAUUUCGAUUUCUCCGAGAAGCUCUGAAGAAGAUGGCAAUUCUCAUCAAAGCCAUCCUCUACACACCGGAUAAUUAAUACUUUUCAAUACGACAUGACAUGCCUUCUGGCCCGUCUAUUCACCUCACCAGAAGAUUGCACCUGUGCAUCCAUCCAUUUCUUCCAAAAGAAGGCUCUUUAAGCUUCUCAUCAAUUUUAUUAAUAGAGCUCGGUAUGCCCUGUGCUGUCAGUCCCAAGCUUUUUGUACCAUGCAAUGAUGCCUCGAACAUGCACACUAAAAUGUCAGAGUGGCACCGUGGGGGUCUAGAAGACAAGCGAUGAUAAUCUGAUUGAUUCUUCGAUCCGUGUCCGCCGGACACACAGAACCCUCUUCAUCCACAGAAAUUAAAUAUUAUGAUGUAAGAACAUGUCAACUUACAAAGCUCAAAAUCCAACGUCAUUGUCUAUGCAAGUGUACAGGACAUACCUCCGGGUCGCCAGAUGGAGUAUGGAAUCCUUUUAAAAGCUUGGUAGGUAUCAAUUUCUCUAUAUUUCAAUCUCAUUAUUAUCAUUGUUUGUUCUCUUGCUUCAUAUUCCGCAAAUUCCAAAAAUUGUGUAUCAAAACAGCAAAUAUACGCCUUAAUCCAGACAAAACUCUUCACAAUGUCAGAAUCUUCGUCAGUCAUUCAAUUGGAAUGCCAAUGCAACAACUAUCCAUGGGGUCGUCAAGGUAAGGAGUCUUUAGCAGCAAAGUAUGCAGCUUCUACUCCAGGAGGUAAAUUCAAGCUUGAUGAGAGUAAAGAAUACGCAGAGAUGUGGAUGGGAACCUAUCCGACUACACCAUCUCUUAUCUUGUCGAAUGGCAAAGACUUACAAGAGCAUCUCAAUGCCAACAAGGAGAAGCUGAUUGGGAAACCAACACUCGAUAAAUUUGGAGCAGAUCUACCAUAUUUACCAAAGAUCCUUUCAAUAGCUAAAGCUUUACCUCUUCAAAUUCAUCCUAACAAGAAGCUUGCGGCCAAGCUUCAUGAACAAGACCCUGAGAAGUUCGGCGACACAAACCACAAACCCGAAAUUGCCGUUGCCCUUGGAAAAUUCGAAGUUUUCGUCGGAUGGAAACCCAUUUCUGAUAUCCAAUCGCUCUUCACCAGCAUCCCAGUUCUCACCUCCAAAUUCCUCUCUUCCUCAUCCGACACCAUCGACAAAGAUACAUUGAAAUCCAUCGUCCACAAAAUCCUUUCUCUCUCCGAUGAGGAAAUAAAAUCCAUCUAUAACACUCUCAAAGACACCCCAUCCUCGAAAUUCCCCAACUCACCAUACAUUCCCGACCUACUACCCCGCCUCGCUGAUCAAUACUCCGCCUCAGAUCCCGGUAACCUUGUCGCCCUCCUCACAAUGAACUAUCUUAUCCUCCAAAAAGGCGACGCCAUCUACGUCCCCGCAGACGGUAUCCACGCCUACCUCUCCGGCGACAUCGUAGAAUGCAUGGCACGCUCCGAUAACGUUCUCAACACUGGUUUCUGCCCCCGUGCCGACCGCGACUCUGUCGAUCUCUUCAGCGCCGCGUUGACAUUUUCUCCCGUCGGAAAAGAUGAAUGUAUACUCAAGCCUACAUCAAGCUCCAAGGGUAAGAAUGGUAAAACCAAGGUCCUCGCACCACCAAUGAGCGAAUUCGAUAUGUUAGUUUUAGAGCUUCAAAAAGGAGAAAAGGAAACGAUUGAGAAGCUGGGAGGGCCUAGUAUCAUGGUUGUUACCGGUGGUAAAGGAACUAUGAAAACGGGAGGAGAAAAGUUUGAGGUCAAGGAAGGAUAUGUAUUCUUUGUGGGAGUAGGUACCGAGUUGGAGUUUGAAGCUGAGGAGGGAUUGGAGGCACAUAUUGCUUUCUGUGAAGCGUAGUAAAUCAAAGUUCUAGAUGGUAAAUGUUAGACAAGGAUGACACAAUGCGAUAUGAUACGACUAGUACAAUAGUUUUCUCAUAAUGUGGUUCAUCAGUAUGUGGACUAUAUCACCAUAUGAACCAUUUCAGAAAUACAUCAAAAUCGAGCUUUUUUUAAUAUUUAUA